GUGGUGUAAAAAGAGCAGAGAGACGGAGGUGCGACGUGGAGAGGCAGAAGGGCACUUUUUUUUUUCUUUUUUUUUUUUUUCUAGCUGCACCAUGAGAGCACACGGUCCGCUUUCAGGAGGCGGUAACACGAAGAUGAAGAGUGUUGGUAAGCAGUGGUGUUAGAAGACGUCGACAUGGACGGAGGGUUGACGAUCACUUUCAUAUCGGUGGCGAUGUUUGUAGGCUGCUUUCUUCUUGGAUUCAUCCCACUGUUGUUCAGACUCUCUGAGAAAGGCCUGCAGUUUGUUUCCAUCCUGGGUGCAGGGCUGCUGUGUGGGACAGCACUGGCUAUCAUAAUCCCUGAGGGAGUGGGUUUACUGGAGGAGUCAUAUCGAGCAUCCUCCUCUGCUGAGCCCUCCAGCCUGAAUGACAGUGAGAAGAAUCCAACCCCCACAGAUGGGGGUCCUCCGCCUCGGUUUUUCAUUGGGGUGUCUUUAACUUUCGGCUUCAUCUUAAUGUUUGUAGUGGAUCAGAUAGGAAAGUACUGUUCCAUGCACGGCCAAAUGACUCAUUUUCCAAACAAUGUUGGCAUCACAGCCACACUGGGGCUGGUUAUUCAUGCUGCAGCGGAUGGAUUUGCUCUGGGUGCAGCUGUGGCAACAGGCCAAGUUACAGUGCAAGUAAUAGUAUUUUUUGCUGUGAUUCUACACAAGGCUCCUGCAGCUUUUGGUUUGGUCACCUUUCUGAUGCUCUCAGGCCUGGAGAAGAAGUUCAUACAGGGACAUUUGCUGACCUUUUCAGCUGCAGCACCUAUAGUUGCCAUCAUCACUUACUUCAUAUUGCAUGCGUCUGGCAGUUCAUCCCAGAGCCAGCUCAGUGCAACAGGUGUGGGAAUGCUCUUCUCUGCUGGGACUUUCCUCUAUGUGGCCACAGUGCAUGUUCUCCCUGAGAUUAGCAGCAGCAGGACAGGCCCCCGCCUCUCUGACUGCCAGCAGCAUACUGAAGCCGAGGACCACCCCUCUGACCUCCAUCAGCACUCGGGAGUUGAGCACCACCAGCAGCAGUAUCUAGGGCUCCUGGAGAGCAUCACUCUGGUCCUCGGGAUCGGGCUACCAGUGGUGCUGGCUCUGGGGCUGACUGAUGACUGAGGAGUUAACAGCAGGGCCAUUAAGUUUAGGGCAAAGGGCACUGUGCCAAUAAGUCUGAAAAGAAAACUGGUAGCACCUCUCUGGUGUAUUGUACUGAGUAAAUACCUGGUGUGGCACAAUGACAUGUAUGGAGGACAAAAUGUGCCUUGGAAACAAACUCACCAUGGUAUGAACUGAUCUCAGUGAAACUUCCCCUUGAGUUCAGCUAUUGUUUGAGUGGGUGUAAAGAAUUUGAUAGCUGAUAUAUUAUCUUACAUGCACUGAGUUUCCAUUCCAGCACUGACAAAAAGGGUGUAAUUUGUGGCCAGAAAUGAAUUCAAUAACUGUUCCAGAGGACCUUUUUAUCAUGUCUGAUAGAUAGAAGAUAUUGAAAAUCUGAGGUCAUGGGGUGUUCAGCAUUGAAUUCCAAGUAAUUCCCACAUGGGGCUAUAAUGGAUGAAUUUACAGUAACAACCAAAUAAUCUGCUACUGUCUGUCACCCAAAUAAUAUCAGAUGUAGGUCACUAACAGCUUUUCAGUCUAUUCAUUUCAGCAGUACAAAUGACCAAAACACACUGUGGAUUUUGUGUAUUAUUGUUAAUAGUUUUGCAGGUGAGAGUUUAUAUCAGUGACAAAAUUAUUUUUAGAUAUAUGGUGGUGGAACAUCUGCAAAGACACACAGGAAGUCCUGCUGUGCUCCACACUUGUCAAAUGAUAUGUGAGUCACACAGAAACAGCUGACUGACUGCAGCUACUGAACAGAUUCAGAAAAAUGAGAUUCAGGGUUUUUGUGGGUUUGAAUUACUCUUGCUAUUUCUCUUUCAUUUCAGUUGGGUAAAGUUUGCAUAAAAUAAAAAUAUGAUGGUUUAUUGUGAAUAA